UGUAGGGCCAGUGAAAUGUCACUGAGCCCUAGCCAAAUCAUCCGGCAGUUGGAUCACUGAAUGUCGAACAGAUCGUCGCUCCCUGCCAAGGUCAUGUACUACAAACGCGCAUUAGUUAAUCAUACGCCAUGGACUGGCCCAUGCGACAGUGGUCUUACUUUCGCCUGUAUCUACCUUAACUAAUAUAUUUCUGUAAUAACGUCCUUUGUGUUGUACAGUCUUCAAAGCAUCUAUAGUACCUUGUUACGUCAAUGGGGGUAGUCCACGUAAGGUGCUGACCACGAGGUGUGACUUCGACGUUAGUUGGUUCGUCACACCAUUCACGUCUAACUGGAGUAGGCCUCCAAUCAUUUCGACAUAGAUCAUCUACGUUGGUGAUUUACACUGAUAAGCAAUACCUGGAGAAUUUAUAAUAUUCGUUUGGCACUCUCCGGUGCGCGAUUGCUCCCAACAUGUUUGGUACCGAUUCAAACGGCCGCUGAAUCUGGUGGGGGAGUAUUGUAGGGCCAGUGAAAUGUCACUGAGCCCUAGCCAAAUCAUCCGGCAGUUGGAUCACUGAAUGUCGAACAGAUCGUCGCUCCCUGCCAAGGUCAUGUACUACAAACGCGCAUUAGUUAAUCAUACGCCAUGGACUGGCCCAUGCGACAGUGGUCUUACUUUCGCCUGUAUCUACCUUAACUAAUAUAUUUCUGUAAUAACGUCCUUUGUGUUGUACAGUCUUCAAAGCAUCUAUAGUACCUUGUUACGUCAAUGGGGGUAGUCCACGUAAGGUGCUGACCACGAGGUGUGACUUCGACGUUAGUUGGUUCGUCACACCAUUCACGUCUAACUGGAGUAGGCCUCCAAUCAUUUCGACAUAGAUCAUCUACGUUGGUGAUCUACAAUGCUUCCAACUGGGAUAUUUCAACAGUCCGCACACUCAUUCUUAAGUGUUGGUUACUAUGUUUUGAAAAAAGAUAAAAGAGAACGCUUCCAAGAAUACUAUUUUCGUCGGUAUUGUGAAUACCCUUUUUCGUCAAUAAGUCAAACUAAUUCUGAGGUUGACGUUUUAGUGGAUACCAGUAAUCUAUUUAGAAGGAUCAUGAGACCCAAGCAAAAGAUAACCUAGAACCAAUUCAGAAAUGCCGUCGAUCUCUUGAAGAAAGCACGCAGCUGAAAAUAUUCAUCGUAACAUUACUAGAUUACUCGGAUGCAUUAAGUAAUGUAUGAAUAAAAAUUGAACGACUAAUAACCGGAGAUCCGCUGCCACUGUUGUGUGGGUUUGUGUGGUGUUUGAAUUAACUAAUGAUUCUUUUGUACUUGUUGAGUGCUCGAUUUCGAAUUCUAAAUACAGUACAUUCGUUGUGCCUGUGUCUUCUUAAUUCAAUUGCGUUAAUCCUGGAAUUCCUAAUUCAUACUAUAAUUAGAAUAUUAUAUUGGCGUCGUGAUGGAACCUGCAAUGGAAAAGUUGGAUAUUCAUUCAACUCCUGAAGCUUUUGAAGAUUACUUUGAAAGGUUCGAAAUCUGGGCUAUGACCAAGGAAGAUGAUGAGGAUGUUAAUAUUGUGGCACACUUCCUCACAUUCAUUGAAAAAGAAACAUACAGCUUAUUAAGAACACUGGCUAUGCCGGAAAAGCCCAUUUCGCUUUCUUAUACAGCUCUCAAGGAGCUGCUGCUAGACUAUGCUCAGUAUACAAAUUUCGAAUGUCGUAAAGGAGGAAGAUUUCGUAAAAUGAUUCAUGAGGAUAUAAACAAGUCCACUACAUUACGUCACCCCAACCCAGUUCAUACUCAAGAUUAUGCAGACAAUUCGUUGAGUUUGGAUGCAGUUCACGAGGAUGGGGACAAGUUUGGUCAGUGUUUGUCCUGUUGCAAGUUCCACUCUUCUAAUUCAUGUAAAUUUCGUAAUUCUAAGUGCUUCAAAUGUCGUGAUAUUGGACAAGUUCAGUCAGCUUGUAAUGCUAAUGUUCAUCUUACUGCAAUUAAUAUUAAGUCUUGUAAUUCUGAUUCUACUGAGUCGAGUAUUCAUGAUGAUCAUUUAUCUUUAUCAACGAUUUCAAAAGACAGUGCAGAGUCAUAUGGCAGUUCAGAGUUAAAUGAACUCCAGAAUUAUUGUGAGACAACAUUUCCUAAUCAACCGAUUUAUCAGAAUUCUCAUGCUAUUGUACCAAGUAUGACUUUUCCUAAUGAUUCACAUAUUUCUAAUGAAAUUACUUGCAAUUCUGAGGAAACUAUGUUAAAUGAACCUAAUCAUGAUCGAAAACCUGAUGUGGUUUGGAUAGAUGCUGAUUUUUCUAACGAUCCUACGCUCUGCAACGACAGUCCUGAUGAAUUUCAUGAGAAUAUUUCAGAAGAAUCAAAUCCCGAUGUCAUAUCAUAUAUUACCUAUCCUCAUAAUGUAUUUGAUCUUCGUGAAAAACCUGCCCAAUGUGAAGCACGAGUACUAAGUGACCUCGAGUUUUAUUAUAUUUCGGAUGAUUUCAUAUCAACUGCUGUUUACUCUUAUCACAAAAACAGUUCUAAUGUUUACUCUAAACAAUGUGAGAUAUAUGUUUUAAAUGAAGCCACAUUAUUCAUAACUUGGGAGUAUAAAGAUCCAACAUUAUUUCGUGGGGGGGGAUAGUGUUGAAAAAUCUAUGGUUCGAAUUCUAGAUAUUAAUGAUUUCAUUACAAAACCGACAUGCUGGUUGUAUACAAUUCCAGGUGAGUCUGUUCCGAUUUCGUUUGUUA